AGAAGCUCUUAUUGUGAAGGCCCUGACCGGACGUGGAGUCAGUCAUCGCUGGCAACUUGACGCGAGUCUGGAAGGAGUGACUCGUUGACUGCGGCGACCGCAAUCUGGGCACCAUGGGAGCCGCCAAGGGAUUUAUUCUAAAGGGAUUUUAAGAACCGUCGGGAACAUGGCAGAGAGGUUGGAGUGGGUGGAGAUCAUCGAGCCGCGCACGCGGGAGCGUAUGUACGCCAACCUGCUGACGGGCGAGUGCGUGUGGGACCCUCCGCAGGGCGUCUGCAUCAAGCGGACCGGUGACAACCAGUGGUGGGAGCUGUUCGAUCCCAACACGUCGCGCUUCUACUACUACAACGCCUCCACCCAGCGCACGGUGUGGCACCGGCCACAGGCCUGCGACAUCAUCCCCCUAGCCAAGCUGCAGACUCUGAAACAGCACACCGACGUCACCAACCCCCGUCCCGCAGGCGGAGGAGGGAGAGCGUCGGCCGAAAACAGCCCGGGGCGUAACAGCGGGGUCAGCCGAGAGGGGAGCACCUCCUCCUCCCUCGAUCAGGAGCUUUCUGAGAAACAGGGCAACAGAGAGGAGACAGACAGGACCUCUCCCUUCAGGUGGAACACUGGUACGAAGGAGCGAAUGCUGAUAAAGGUGACCGACAGAGAGCCCAGCUUCUUGGCCCACCAGGGUAAUGGUUAUUCCCCCUGCGACCCCCCCACCACCCCUGGUCCUCCUUCUGCAGGGGGCACCGCCCCACGAACCCGCCGUUCCUCUGGAGGAAACCCGCCUACGGAACCCGACGGCUCCCCCGUCCUCUACGCCGAGCGUCGUCAGUCUCCCUUCCUGAAGCGGGCCGAGCUGGGCGGCACCGGGACCCACCGCCGUUCCUCGGCCGACUCCCAGCCUCCCUCGCCCCGCUACGCCUAUGAGCCCCCGCUGUACGAGGAGCCGCCGUCAGAGUACCAGCCCCCUCCCAUCUACGAGGAGCCUCCCACUGACAUGCACCUCGCCGAGGCCUUCUACGGCACCGGCAAGUCGCCUGCUCGCAAGUCUUCGGCCCCCCUCUAUCACUCCCCCAAGCAGGGCCAGUCGCCCUACGGCCAGCUGGUUUUGACCAGGCAGAAGUGUCCAGAAAAGACCCAGAGUCUGGAGUACAGUCCUGUGGGGAAGGAGUACGUCAAGCAGCUGGUGUAUGUAGAGCAGUCGUCUUCCAGUCCUCGCUUCAAGACCGCCGACCGCCUGCUGCGUUACGGCACUACGGGGGGCUACGGUGGCUCAUAUGGGGGGUCCUAUACUCUGCAGCACAGCCAGUCUCUGAUCAGGGAUCCCCGCCUACUGCUGGACUACAGUGGGGAGGGUGGAGAGGGAGGCCAGAGGUUGCUUUAUGAGGACUCCAUAUCCUGGACGUCCAGUCACACCCACUCCCUCUCCUCUUCCUCUACAGGCGGUCCUGGGGCUUUCUCUCCCGGAGGUAACCGCAAACGCAAGAGCCGCAAGCCGUCCCUCCCCCAGGAGCUGGCACGCUGCGGGGGGCUGGAGGGGGAGCUGACAGGCACGGCGUCCGAGGCCAUGCUGGCCCAGGCCCGGCUGGCGUGGGAGGCCCAGCAAGUGAUGAAACAGAGGAGCAGUUGGGACUCGGGGCAGGGCGGGGGGGCGGCCCACAGCUCCAAAGACGGCUACGAGAGCGACGGGGCGUUGCCUCUGCCGUUACCGGGACCGGUGGUGAGGGCGUUCAGCGAGGACGAGGCGCUGGCGCAGAGCGACGGCCACCACUGGAAACGCAGCACCUUCGAUCGGCUGGGCUUCCCCCAGGCUCUGCUGGAGAAAAGCCUCUCGGUCCAGACCAACCUGGCCUCCCCUGAGCCUUACCUCCACCCCUCACAGUCGGAGGACCUCGGAGCCUGUGCCCAGUUUGAGGCCAGUCGAAAUGCCAGGAAUAUGAUGCCGAGCGCCAGCUGUGGCAUUUUCCCAGAAUUCACCCUGAGAAAGCCUUCCUCAGAGACCGACAUCGAGAACUGGGCGUCCAAGCACUUCAACAAACACACACAGGGUCUGUUUAGAAGAAAGGUGUCCAUUGCCAACAUGCUGGCCUGGAGCAGCGAGCCCAUCAAGAAGCCCAUGAUUGUGACUUCAGACCGCAGUGUGAAGAGGGAAGCGGUGGACAUCUUUAAGCUCAUUCAGACCUUCAUGGGAGACCGUCGCUCCAAGGCCGACGCCCUCCAAGUGGCUCUGGAGGUGGUGGUGCGCGGGUGGAGUAACCAGGGUCUGCGUGAUGAGCUCUACAUCCAGCUGUGUCGCCAAACCACGGAGAACUUCCGCUACGACAGCCUGGAGCGAGGCUGGGAGCUGAUGGCCAUCUGCCUGGCCUUCUUCCCCCCAACACCCCGCUUCCACACCUACCUGGAGGGCUACAUCUGCCGACACAUGGACCCUCUCAACGACACUAAGGGAGUGGCCAUUAGCAGCUACGCUAAAUACUGCUACAGGAAACUGACAAAAGCUGCUCUGACUGGUGCCAAGAAGGGCGUGCAGAAGCCCUGUAUCGAGGAGAUCAUGCAUGCCAGGAACGCCAUCUUCAGUCCCUCCAUGUUUGGCUCCUCCCUGGACGAGGUGAUGGCUCUCCAGAAGGAGCGGUAUCCAGACAGCCAGCUGCCCUGGGUACAGACCCGCCUAUCUGAAGAGGUUCUGGGUCUCAAUGGAGACCAGACGGAAGGCAUCUUCCGGGUACCAGGGGACAUAGAUGAAGUCAAUGCCCUCAAGCUGCAAGUGGAUCAAUGGAAAAUCCCCACGGGACUGGAAGACCCGCACAUCCCAGCGUCUCUGCUGAAGCUCUGGUACAGGGAGCUGGAGGAGCCACUGAUCCCUCAUGAGUUUUAUGAGGAGUGUAUCACACACUAUGACAACCCAGAGGCAGCUGUCAAUGUGGUGCUGGGCCUGCCGCACAUCAACAAACUGGUGCUCUGCUACCUCAUCCGCUUCCUACAGGUAUUUGGCCAGCCUGCCAACGUGACCAUCACCAAGAUGGAUGUGAACAACCUGGCCAUGGUCAUGGCUCCCAACUGUCUGCGCUGCCAGUCCGACGACCCCCGGGUGAUCUUUGAGAACACCCGCAAGGAGAUGUCCUUCAUCCGGGUGCUCAUCCAGCGGCUGGACACCAGCUUCAUGGAUGGAAUCCUAUAGCCCCCCCACCACACCCACACACACACACACACACACGCAGAUACACAACCAUCCAUACUUCACCCCCAGCCUCCCCUACGCUCCCUUUAACCCCCUCCAUGACACUCCCCCAGCUAAAGGAACACCAUACACACACAUUGUCGCCGCUGGGUGAACACCUUGCCUCUCCGACAUGUUUACUUUUCUGGAACUAACAAAACUGCCUUGUUUGGAGUUUGACCGCUGUACAUUUUGAGUUGAACCAGCUGUUUUUUCUAUCGCUGUAGAUGUAGUCCUUUAACUGACAUUUACAUAAGAAAAACACCAGUAUUGGCGUUCCAAGCUUUUCAUAUGCUAACAGUACUGUGUGUGCCUUCACAUACAUUAAUACAGUAUACACACAUACAGUAUGAAGGAAUUAGCAGGGAUCUCAUCAUUUCAUUGGCCACAUGUUAGUGUCACCGGCACGCUCACAGUUCAGGACCGCCACGGUUCAUUUUCAAUCCAACUUAUUUGUUUUAUAUGAACUGAUUUUUCUCUUUCCCCUGCUUUAACACACAGGCACUGUCACGCACAGAUUGACACACACACACACACAUAUCAGUACAUGCACAUAUUGAAAGUCUUGCCCCCAGGAUUCCACCUUUUGCAGUGUACAAUACCAUCUAACACAAAGCAAGAAUUAUCAACGAGAUGAAUGAUGCAUUAAUUCAGACAUAUAGUACACCACACACACACACACGUCCUGCCACAGGUGUUAAGGUCUCUCACACACACACACACACACACACACACACGGGCUGAGCAAUGCAUUCGGAGGGUUCAGCACCAGAUUUCCACAAGAUGUAAAGCCGAACUGCACCGUUCCAUCAGUGUGUUGUUAGGUCAGCUUGAUCGUGCUGGAGUUGUGCCUCAGACACCAGGUGCAGAGGUGAAGCUGUGUCCAUGUUUGACACUUUGCCACGACUAAGUAGGAGCUGAGAAGUCAACACGGAGGCUCCUCUGUUUGGGAUCCUGCCUCAAGAUGGCAAACCUGUGCUGUAUCAACGGGAUGCAAACCAUAAGACUAAACAUUUGGGCAAAACUGUAACUUAAUUCUGUUAGUCAGAUGUUGCCUGCCAAUGCCUGACGUUAAACAGCUGUAAAGGAAGAUAAUGAUUAGGUGAUAGCUCUGUUAGCCACUUAGCCAUCAGGUGAGGAGAACAUGGACACUAAAUCACUCCUGUUGUGUUUGGACUUGUGUUACAUACUGCUCAUCAAAGCUGGCUGUUGCGUACAAGCCAGCUUUCUGUAGUGGCCAAACGGCAGUACGACAACUUCCGUGUCCGUCACGUGAUGCCAUUGGGCCAAAAAAGACUUUUUCCCAUAGACUUAAAUUGGGAAAGAGACGUCUUUUACUCAGCAGAUUACUUGAAUAGCCCCUUAUUUAAAUCAUUAGGUCCUAAAAGUUGUAAAAUGCACUAAUAGCUGAAUCCAGAGUUAUUUCCCUUCCUCCGUUCAUGUGAAUGAGACCCAGACCGAGGCUGGAUCGAGGGCUGGGUGGAGGA